CUGAUGGAGAAAUAGAAACCGAAAGAUUUAUUGAGCAUACAGCAGGACAGAAAUCCAAAGAGUGACUCGAGCUACAGACCCUCCCGAGUGCAACAAGUCCCAGGUAAUCUUCCCAGCCAUGUCCUCAGAAGAGGAUUUUGCUGUUUUGGUGAAAGACGAGCAAUGGGGUACCUUGGAGGAGAUCACAAAGGCGACCAUCACUCUCCAGAAGCAAUAUGACCAACUCAUUUCAGAGCACAAUGAGCUUUGUAAACUGAGGGACGAGCAGCGAGAUCUGGCCGAACAGUUCAGACAACGCUCUGAAAAACUCGCCGUGUCUCUGGAGGAGGACAAGAGAGACCGGGACACCAAGAGUGAAGCUCAAAAGGUGAGGCGGGACUGCCUGCUCGAAGAGGAGGUCCAGCUGCAGAAGGAGAUCCAGAUGGUGGAGGUGGCCCUGGGUGAGCAGGAGGUGGAAUACGGCCAUCUCAAGCAGCAAACUGAGCUGUCUGCCGCUGUCCCUGAGAGGAAGGUGGUCUUCAAUGGACUCACAGAGGACAUAGCAAGCGCACAGAUGUUUGCUAUGAGGUCACGCAUCGUUUACCCCAUGGAGGGAGGAACCGUUCUCGUUACAUUUGAAGACCAGACAGUGGCCGAGAAGAUCCUGGCCAUGAAACAGCACACGGUGUGUCUGGGAGGAGACUGCAGGAUCAUUGUAGAGGCCAAACCAGUUCAGCUGCUGGUCCCCAGUUUCGUUGAGAUGGACACUCAGGUUUGUCCUCACCGUAUCCUGAUUUCCAGUCUGCCCAAGAAGGACAGCGACAGGAUACUUGACAAGCUGGAGAUCCACUUCUCCAAGAAACAACACGGCGGUGGCGAGGUGGAGGAAUGUGACACGCUCCAUGACCCGGGCAAUGUGGUCAUCACCUUCAUGGAGGACAACGUCGCCAGACGUUUGACGGAUCAGCAGUAUCAUGACGUGUCUUUUGAGAAAGGAAGUAAGCACCGAGUGAGGGUGACUCCAUUCCUGAACGGAGGGAUCGUAAACUUCAAGACCGAGUUUGCGGCGUGUGCUCGCACCCUUCUGCUGACGGGCCUCCAUGACGUCAUGGAUCCGGAAACCCUGCAGGACCUACUGGAGAUCCACUUCCAGAAGGCGAUUAACGGCGGCGGAGAGGUGGAAGCCUUCCUCUACAACCCGCCGGGUGAGCGCUUUUCAGCCGUGUUCGAGGAUGAGCAGCCUGCUGCCGGCUCCGUCUCUGCUCAGACCAGUACCUGAUGGAGCACUCACCUCCUGCCCGUCCACCCCGGACGUGGAGUUUGUCUUUCAGUUGUGAAAUUUAGCUGGUCUCUCUUCAUACAUUGUAAUACUCGGUCUCUCUUUCGGAACCAAGGCUCUAAUAUUUUUCUUCAGAAGAAUAUUUGUGCAUUUUUUUUUGAGGGGGGGGGGUAAUACCAUGCAUCUCCACCAUGAUCCCAUGAGCAGCAUCUAGUAUACCUUUGGUGAAUGGCAGUCAUGGAAGGACAAAGCACCCUGCUGUCGUGCUCGAGUCUAAUUUGAUCCGUUUCCAAGUUUACGCGUGAAACACGCGUUUAAAACAAGACUUCACCACAUCCUCAACCACGGCCUGCAGGAUACAAUAAAACACAUAUAACCACGGCCUGCUGGAUACAAUAAAACACAUAUAACCACGGCCUGCUGGAUACAAUAAAACACAUAUAACCACGGCCUGCUGGAUACAAUAAAACACAUAUAA